AUGCCUUCUAGAAGGGCUCAAGUUGGCCAUGGCCUGGCCAAAGUCCUAGGCAUCAAACUCGACUACCGCCAGGAGAUGGCGGCUGAGAAGAUCACCAGAGGAGAAUCUGUCUUUUCCGUCUCCAGUGCCGACACCUUUGUCGAAGCCGAGCCCACAGUCUGGGAGUGGUUCAGGGAUGUCACCCCAAAUGGUUCUGAUAUGGUUACUUACGGUCGCAACCUCUUCCCAUUCACUCGCUGGAUCGGUCGUUACAACCUUCAGUGGCUUGGUGGUGAUCUCGUCGCUGGUAUUACCAUUGGUGCUGUUGUCGUGCCUCAGGGUAUGGCGUACGCCAAACUCGCUGAGCUCNNCCCUGUAGAGUACGGUCUGUACUCGUCUUUCAUGGGUGUAUUGAUCUACUGGUUCUUCGCUACUUCCAAAGAUAUCACCAUCGGUGUAGGUUCCAUGUUCGCCAAUCUGAAAGACUGCUUGCUUACAUUGUCUACANNGCCUGUCGCCGUCAUGUCUACUAUCGUGGGAAACGUCGUACUUGAAGCUGCNAAAACUCACCCACAAUACCAGGGUCAUGUUAUCGCAUCUGCACUCUCAAUCAUCGUCGGCGCCAUCGUGUGUUUCUUGGGCCUCAUACGUCUCGGCUGGAUCGUCGACUUCAUCUCUCUUACUUCAAUCUCCGCAUUCAUGACUGGAUCUGCUAUCAACAUCUGUGUCGGUCAAGUGCCUACUUUGAUGGGUAUCACUGGUUUCUCGACCCGCGAUUCGACAUAUCUUGUCAUCAUUCACACCCUGCAGCAUCUCGGAAGGACAUCACUCGACGCCGCGAUUGGUCUUACUGCUCUCCUGUUCCUCUACCUCUUGAGGUUUGGUUUCCAAUACGCCGGAAACAGGUUUCCCAAGCACCGCAGAAUUUUGUUCUUCUGCUCGACUCUGCGCACCGUCUUCAUCAUUCUUCUAUACACUCUCGUGAGUUGGUUGGUCAACCGCAAUAUACCCCACAUUCACAAGAACAACAAAUUGGCAAAGUUCAAGCUCCUGGGAACUGUUCCUCGUGGCUUCCAGCAUGCUGCCGUCCCUGAUGUUACUACCGGAAUCAUCAAGACUUUUGCUAGCCAGAUUCCUGUCUCGGUUAUUGUCUUGCUCAUUGAGCACAUUUCCAUCGCAAAGUCCUUUGGCAGAGUUAACAACUACACCAUCGAUCCUUCCCAAGAGCUUGUUGCUAUUGGUGUCUCGAACCUUCUAGGACCUUUCCUUGGCGCUUAUCCUGUUACUGGUUCCUUCUCACGUACCGCCAUCAAGUCUAAAGCAGGCGUUCGCACCCCUUUCGCCGGAGUCAUUACCGCUAUCAUCGUCCUCUUGGCCAUCUAUGCCUUGCCCGCGGUUUUCUUCUACAUCCCUAAUGCGGUUCUCUCAGCUGUCAUCAUUCAUGCUGUUGGUGACCUCAUCACUCCUCCCAACACUGUGUACCAGUUCUGGAGAAUCUCUCCAAUUGAAGUCCUCAUCUUCUUCGCUGGUGUUCUUGUCACUGUCUUCACUUCGAUUGAGUACGGCAUCUACACAACCAUCUGUGUAUCUAUCGCGCUGCUCCUCUUCCGUGUCGUCAAAGCUCGCGGCCGUUUCCUUGGAAAAGUCCAGGUUCACUCUGUCAUCGGAGACCAUCUUCUUGAUGACAAGGACGCGCAUGUCAGCCACUACGAUCAUGAGAAGGCAGACCGCAGCAUCUUCCUGCCCAUCGAGCACGAUGACGGUUCCAACCCCAUGAUUGAGACUGAGUCUCCUUACCCUGGUGUCUUCAUCUACAGAUUCUCUGAGGGAUACAACUACCCCAACGCCAACCACUACUUGGAUUACAUGGUGUCCUCGAUCUUCAAGCAAACUCGCCGCAAUGAUCCCAACCCGUAUAACAGACCUGGAGACCGUCCCUGGAAUGACCCUGGCCCGCGUCGUGGUAAGGCUGCUCUCGUCGAAGAUCAUCUGCCAACUCUCAAGGCUGUCAUCCUGGACUUCUCGUCUGUCAACAACGUCGAUGUGACUUCUGUACAACAUCUCAUCGAUGUUCGUAACCAGCUCGAUCGUUACACCACUCCAGAGAAGGUUCAAUGGCAUUUCGCUCACAUCAACAACCGCUGGACUCGACGAGCUCUUGCAGCUGCUGGCUUUGGCUACCCUACUGAAGAGGGUGAAGACUUCCAGCGCUGGAAGCCCAUCUUCAGUGUCGCUGAACUCGGUGGUUCAUCGAGUGCUGCUGCUGAUGCCGAAUACGCUUACAACCACCCCGAGCACAAGAAGCACCGCGAUCUUGAGCUUGGCCGUUCGCAGAGCAGAGAGAUUCAUGGCGAGAGCAGUGAAGCUUCUAGCGACAUCAACCAGACCAUCCAGAACAGCAAGGCGUACGGCGCGCAGGCCAAUCAGAAGAAGAUCGUUGUGCAUGGUCUCAACAGACCUUUCUUCCACAUUGAUCUGACCAGUGCUCUGCAGAGCGCGGUUGCCAAUAUCGCCAACCCCUCAGCUACUGCCGAUGUCGUUCAGGACAAGAUUCACUGA